GCAAGUGUUUCCUCUGGGCUUGCUGGCUGCUAGGUUUGGUAACAACAUUCUGCCUAAAUAUUUGUCAAGUUUGGCACAAAACUCACUGGCGUUUAAUUUUCUUGCUGUGUAUUUUAGUUUCUGCAUGUUCCUAUUGCAAAAAAGCUUGCGAGGUGAUCCUAACCUUGUCUGAAAAGCAUAUUUGAAGCACGAAAUUACGAUGCCAUCCCCGAUGGAGGGAUCUUCCAGAGAAGGUGACCUGUUUACUGUGAAACAUGAGCUGAAAAAUGCCAACCUGACAGGCCAUGUAGAACGGGUGGGCAUUGAAAACUUUGAGCUAUUAAAGGUGCUGGGCACAGGAGCAUACGGCAAAGUGUUCCUGGUGAGGAAAGUGAGUGGUCAUGAUGCAGGAAAGCUGUAUGCCAUGAAGGUUUUGAAGAAAGCCACUAUUGUGCAAAAGGCAAAGACUGCUGAACACACACGAACAGAGCGGCAAGUGCUGGAGCACAUCCGCCAAUCUCCAUUCCUCGUCACACUUCACUAUGCCUUCCAGACGGAUACCAAGCUGCACCUCAUUCUCGAUUACGUAAAUGGUGGGGAGCUCUUCACACAUUUGGUGCAAAGGGUGCGAUUUAAGGAACAAGAAGUCGCCCUGUACAGUGGAGAGAUUGUGUCAGCACUGGAGCAUCUACACAAGCUGGGGAUUGUCUAUCGGGACCUGAAACUUGAGAAUAUUCUUCUGGAUUCAAAUGGUCAUAUAGUUCUCACAGAUUUUGGCCUUAGUAAGGAGUUUGAUCAGAUGGAAAGGGCUUUCUCUGUCUGUGGCACCAUUGAAUACAUGGCUCCAGAGAUUGUGGAGGGAGGAGAAUCUGGACAUGACAAGGCAGUGGACUGGUGGAGCCUCGGCGUGUUGAUGUACGAGCUUUUGACUGGCGGAUCACCCUUCACAGUUGAUGGAGAUGAGAACUCACACACAGACAUUGCCAAGAGGAUUUCAAAGAAGGAUCCUCCUUUCCCCAAAGAUAUGGGACCACUGGCCAAAGACCUCAUCCAGCGACUCCUCAUCAAAGAUCCAAAGAAGAGAUUAGGUUCAGGUCCUAAUGGAGCAGAGAAUGUAAAGAAACACCCUUUUUACCAGAAAAUUAACUGGGAGGACUUGGCAGCUAAGAAGGUUCCUGCUCCGUUCAAGCCAGUGAUUCGGGAUGAGCUGGACGUCAGCAACUUUGCAGACGAGUUCACAGAGAUGGACCCCACCUACUCCCCUGCAGCUCUGCCUCAGAACUGUGACCGCAUCUUCCAGGGCUACUCUUUCAUGGCCCCCUCCAUCCUGUUCAAGAGGAAUGUGGUGAUGGAUGACCCUGUCCAGCUGUGUGGGGGCUCUGAGAGGCCGGGCUCUGCUGCGGUGGCCCGCAGCGCCAUGAUGAAGGACUCACCCUUCUAUAUGAGCUAUGAGAUGGACUUGAAGGACAGCGCUCUAGGAGAGGGUAGCUUCUCCAUCUGCAGACGGUGCACACACAAGAAGACUGGACAGAAAUAUGCAGUCAAAAUUGUCAGCAAGAGGAUGGAAGCACAAACUCAGAGGGAAAUAGCAGCCCUGAAGCUGUGUGAUGGCCACCCUAACAUUGUCAAGUUACAUGAAAUUUACCACGACCAGCUGCACACGUUCCUGGUUCUGGAGCUGCUUGGUGGAGGUGAGCUGUUGGAGAGGAUCCGCAGAAAGCAACAUUUCAGUGAAACAGAGGCCAGCCGCAUCAUGCGCAAACUGGUGUCCGCCGUCAGUCACAUGCAUGACGUAGGAGUGGUGCACAGGGACCUUAAACCGGAGAACCUACUCUUCACAGACGAGAGUGAGAACUCAGAGAUAAAAAUCAUAGACUUUGGCUUUGCUCGCCUCAAACCGCCAGACAAUCAGCUGCUGAAGACUCCCUGCUUCACCCUGCAGUACGCUGCGCCAGAGAUACUCAAAUACGACGGCUACGAUGAGUCCUGUGACCUGUGGAGUCUGGGGGUCAUUCUGUACACCAUGCUAUCAGGCCAGGUGCCUUUUCAGUGUCAGGAGAAGAGCCUGACCCACACCAGUGCUGAGGAAAUUAUGAAAAAAAUCAAACAGGGGGACUUCUCUUUCGAAGGAGAGGCCUGGAGAAACGUAUCCCAGCAGGCCAAGGACCUGAUACAAGAGCUGCUGACGGUGGACCCAAACAAGAGGAUUAAAAUGUGCGGUCUCCGUUACAAUGCCUGGCUCCAGGACGACAGCCAGCUGUCCUCGAACCCACUCAUGACCCCAGACAUUCUUGGCUCCUCCACUGCCUCCGUCCACACUUACGUCAAAGCUACCUUCAAUGCAUUUAACAAAUGUAAGCGGGAGGGUUUCCGCCUGCAGACAGUGGACAAGGCGCCUCUAGCCAAGAGGAGGAAGAUGAAAAAGACAAGUACCAGCACAGAGACCCGCAGCAGUUCCAGUGAGAGCACCCAUUCCUCCUCCUCCUCCUCCCAGUCUCAGGAGAAGACUUUUCCAGAGGGCGACGCCAACCCCCGGCCCUCCAGCAGCACUCCUCUCAUCACCCCUGUCAACACACCCGUGACCCUGGGAACGGACUCUGAGCUCCAACCAGCGUAUCCAGCCUUUCACUUCUCAGAAGGACAGUGAGAUAGGGAGAGGAUCAGGGAGAUUCAGACAGUUUCAUGAACAGCAGGAAGCCUCCGACCGGUGUAAAGACAGCUCUCUUCUCUUUCUCUCUGUCCCUGGCAGCUCUCUGCCUCUGGCUCAAUUGCAUGGACGUCCGCACGUCUCCAAAACCAAGCAUGCAGCAGGAACAGCAACCGUCACCUCAGUAUCAAUCAAUCAAUCAUCACUAGCAAUAGCCUAUCCCUUUCUUUCUCUUUCACUUUCCCACACAGACUGUAUGAAUCAGGGACUGGACGAGGAAGAAGUUGUCACCGGUGUCCAAAAUGAAAAGGGCUGCCCUUCUGCCGCAGGUCCAGACAGACAAUGGAGAGACACCUUUAGUCUCAUUAUAAGAUCACAGCUCUGUCUGCUCUGUUUACCUGUCUUUGUCGAUGCCUCCAGAGGUUUUAAAGGGAAAGUCGUAGUGUUUACACCAUGGACGCUUUGUAUUUUUUUGUCAAAGGGAGAGAAGAAAUGCAGUGUGCUGCAGCGUAACGUGACAUGGGUCCACUUCUCUUUUCUGGGAAGUCUCUGCAAGAUGGAGCAGGGUAUUUAUAUGUGAAUUUUACAGACUGAAAUUUAUUUAUGAUAAGCUAUAUUGUUAACUUAUUUAUGGUUCAGACCCAUCUGAAAAGAAAUAAUGGAUAGAGUGAAUCUUAAAAAAAAGAGAAGAUAUUUUGUGUAUGUGUGUAUGUUAUUUUCCCUAUCAGCUCAAAAGACUGUUUCCAUGUAGUCAGAUGGUUGUUCAUAUCUCUUUGUAAUCUUCAAACAUCAAUGCUUCUAGUCAGUUCUAGUCAGUUGUUGAGACAAAGUUAUGUAGACAUUGUAAGAUUAUCAUAGCCAAGAAGAGCUGUACACCAUUAGCCACUGGUUAAUGGUUUGUUGAAUUUGUGUCACAGACUUUUAAAAAUAUUUAUGGAGCCUGGAGAAUUUUGGGAUUCAACUGCAUCUGUGUCCAAUGGUCAAAAAAAGCCAAUUUCCUUACGUAUAAGGAUUAAAAGAAGCAAAAGUGUAAACAUCUUUUUCUAGAAACAACCAAAUGUGGAUUUAGUAUGUUCAGCCAAAUCUGUGGUUUUAUUGUUGUAUGGGGAAUACAGCUGCCUGAGGGGAUGUAACCCUACAAGAAGAGCUAUAUUUAGACUUAUUUUUGCCUCUGAUGUGGGAGUGUGACUGCUUCAAGUCUCAGCACUGCUGCUGUUCCACAUGGUCUGAUCCUCAAGUCAGUAUUUAGCCCAACAGUGGAUUUGCCUUGUGUGGUAGAAGACUUAAUUGUCUGAUUAUCAAGACGACCAAUUGGAUUGAGCUGAAUUCUCCGUUUGGAAAAUUAAGAUCAGCUUAGUGCGAGGUGAAUGCGUCAAGAAGUUUGAGGUCGAGUUUUCUGAGAUCCAGGAUGCCAAAGGGCAGCUUUAAGUGGCUUUUCAGACUGAUGACAAAAUAAUUCAGAAAGGGAAAAGUCUUUGUGCCAAAAAAUGCAGUUUAGUCAAGUAAGGGUCAUUAUUGAGCCUAUAUGAGUUUAAGGAACGUGAUACAUGAGGGUAUUUUAAUUCAGUAUAGUGCAAAAAGUUGCCCCUUGUGUCACUGCCCUAAGUCUUAAAACCACUUCAGAACAUCUACCCUUUAAGAAAACAUCAAGUUUCUGAGGACAGGCCUAAAAAGAAACCUUUUACUUUCAACACUGUCCUUUGCUCUAUUUACCGUAUUGUACUGCAUGACUGAAAUGGUGAUCUUUGCACUGUGUGACAGCGCUCACUUUGAGGCAGAUAUCCGGUUAGUAUUAAGUCCCCAGUGCAUGAUGUGAACUGAAACAUCAGCCUCUUCUUUUCUUUUGUUGAAAAAACAGAUUCUUACUUGAUUUAUUGUGAGUUUUUUACUUGCAUAUUUGAAUAUCCCUGAUUUAAUUCAGGACUUUGAAGUUUUAGUCUUUGAAGUGUGAUGGAUGUAAACACCAAAACCCCUUUUACAAUAGGCUGAAUAUUGUAAUGUCCUAUGUUACAAUGCCAUGCUCUGUUAAUUGUUUUUUGCAAGUAUGUGUUCGUCUGUAUCCAUGGUAAUAGUUGAAAUACUGUAUUCUGUUGUACAGGGGUAUUUGUGAUCAACAUGUGAAGCUGCCCAGAACCAGUUUCUCCUGCUCGGUUAGGAUACAAAUUCUUAGUUGGACUAGUGUGUGCAUUAAAACACACCCCCUCAUCUUCUUCCAUUUUAAUGCACUCUGAAUCUGAACCAAAGCAUUAACUUCAAGGUAGCUGCUCUAAGCUGCAUGAGAUAUUUCCUUUCAUGCAAAUAUGCAACAAAAUGCGUCAUAUAUCACGUUUUGUGUUUGUUUUGUCGAACUGGUGAAAUAUUCUAGAUGUUUCUAGCACAGAUAAUUUUGUAACAGUGUGUCUCUUCAGAUAUUCUUCACAGGAUAUAUAAUAUUCAUAUCCAGCACAUUAUCAUGCUUAAAACUAUGCAUCUCUUCACUGUUGUGUUGCUUUUGCCAUUUUUAAAAAAGACCUCACAAAAUGGGUUCAAAUGUAGUGCUUAAAAGGGCGUAAUGCGAUGUACAUAGUGUGUACUGUACUUUUACUCCAAUAGCAUCAGCCACAGUAGAUAUAGCAAAGUAGGAUCCAUUGCCCGUAUGAAAAGCUUGAAUUCUUGGAGCUAAACACUACAAAGCUCUUGUCUAACUUAGUUCGCAUGAGUUCCCCGUUGCUGCCUCAUUAAGCCUCUUUUCUUUUGUUUGGGUGUAUUAAUAGCUCAAGUGGAGGAAGAGGAAAGAGAGUGUCCUAUAUUGAGCUCCCCUCUGGGAGCCAGGCUCUAUUAGCUGAUGUGCUGCAGUGCUGUUUGUUCCAAAGAAAAUACCGUACUCCACUCACUGCCUCUGUGGGACCCAGCUCACUUUCUUUGUAGGGAAAAUACCAGUGUAUCACAGGAAAGGGUUGGUUUAGUACCAGCGUCUCUUGUGGCUGAUUUUCAAACUUGCCACUCUGAGGAAAGAGGGAGGGAGACCAGUUUUGAUCUGAGGUCCUGUUGUCUUUGAUACAUUUUUGUGUUGUUUCCCUGGAAGUUCUUUGUCUGCUUACAGGGCUUCCUGUUUUUUUUUUUAAGGUUGAAAGCACACCGGUUGAUGAGCUAUAACUUUAUACUUUUUCGCAACAUUAAUUAGAGGGCUGGUAGUGUUAACUGUUUUGUAUAAACCAGUGACUGCUGUUGUACAUUUGAGAGUCAAUGAAUCAGGCUUGGGAUGCUCCUGUGUGCUUCUGUACCUCUGUGAGUGGUUUCAUGUAUGUGCUUUAAGAGACUGAUGUGGUUGCCAAAGCUGAAAGUGACAUUUUGCAUGGGAAACCAUGCCAUUUAGUGAGGUGUAUGCUAUUGUCUUUGAAAGUGAUUUUGAACAGAUGUGGCUGGUGUGGGUCUUUUUGGUAUGGGAUCAUAUGGAGCUGUCCGUGGUGCUGAAAUGGCCAAAACCCUGGUGGUGCUACAGAAGGUUUUCCACAAAGAGUUAUAAUAAUAUGAUCCUUAAAGCAGUGAUUCCCAACCAGGAGUACUUAUACCUCAGGGGGUACUACUAAAGUAGCUCAGCUAAUUUGAAAAAAAAAGAAAAAGAAUUCUUAGGAGGGAAAUAAAUCCACAAAUAGAACUACAAACUUGUAAGAUGAAGCCUAAACAUCAACAAUUGCAGGAUCAUGUCUUGUAUCAGAAUUUAAACAUACGAAGUGUAAAAUAACAUCCAGAUUAAUAAUUAAUGUUUGGGUACUCAGACAAAAAAGGUUGGAAUACCACUGCUCUAAAGGGUCGGUUUGCUCAGAUUACAAAAAUUACAAAAAUAUGCUGUAAACAGUAACUUCUUCUUUGCGAGAAAGUAGUUUGAAUGAUAACUGUUUACAGUGUGGUGUGUGGAUUUUCCAGAGUAAUUGGGACACUGUUUCUGCCUUUUUUUUAGUACAAAUUUUCAAUGAUGCGAGCACCACUAAGAAAGUUUCAUUCUUUCCUAUUAUACAGGAGGUGCAGAAGAAAUUUCAUAGACUGAUAUUUCACAAGCUGGGACAAAAAAGCCAAAGCUAGACCAGAAUUUGUAAGUGAGAAAUUUUAUUUAUUUUAUUUUUUUGUCUGUUUUGUUGCAUACAGAAUUUCUGUAUGCAGAAAUUUUUUUUUUGUCACCCCGUCCAGAGAGGUCAAAGGUGUUCUUGAGCUUUUUUUAGUUAGUUUACUCUGCCAUUAUUGAUCUAUGUAAUGUUGGUUACAGAAAUUAAUGCUACAUGAAAAAGUUUUAGUGUUUCAGUUUCUGAUGCUUUUGCGUACUCAACCUGCCACCAUAGGCAUCAUCAUUACCAUCAUCGUCACCAUCAUGCAUGUGCUACCGCUUGAUUCGGGUCAAUGUUUCAAUCUUUGUUGAUUCGUAUUGUUACUGAGGCGUGUCAAAAAGUACUGUAGCAGUAAAACCCUUUUAGAUUGGUCAAUAUUUAACUGUUUCAAAACACGCAAUCAAGCUAUAAGGGCAAAACUUUGCACUUGUAUGUUAUUUUAAUCAUGCCAUUGAUUUUUUUUAUAAAAGAAAAGAAUGUCCACUUUGUUUUUGUGCAGGUUCAGAUGUCUGUUUCUAUUGAUGGCUGUUGUCCAAUAUUUCCAAUACGAUCUAAUAUAAACCUCAACACCGGACAGUACUUUUACUUAUUGCAAGGGUACACCAUGUGCAUACCUGCUUUUUUAGGGCACUGUGAACAUCAUCAUUCAGGUCUUCAGGCGCACCAUUGAUAAUACGAGGAAAAACCUUGAUUUGCUUCAGUAAAUGCUUUUCUUGCUGGCUGAAUACAUCUGUACAUUUAAUAACCUGAAACCAGUCAUGAUGAGUCUUUUAAUAGAUCUUUGGCUUCAUUGUAUUUUCAAGUGUAUUUAAAUCAUUACUGAAGAUAUUUUGUGAUACCAGGAUUUGUGUGUAUGAGUUGUCAGAAGGACAAUAAAUGUACGAUUUCCUGUUCAUUUAUUGGUCUUGACUAGUAAAUUAGGUACAAACCUUUUCAUAUUUAAAAAUCAGACUCUAAUUUGAAAGGCAUGUCAGCAGGCAUGGAGACUUCAUUUCAGCAGUAGACCUCUAGAUGGCAGCGUUUAAUAAAGUACCGCUAGGAGAACA